AUGACAAAUAAAGUAAAACCCAUUGAAAAUGGGGAUACUGAAAAAGAAAAACAGUCAACGAAAUCAAUUAUUUAUCCGAUUGAACCAUCAACUUUGUAUAUCGAUGAUUUGAAAAAGAAUAAAAAAGGUAACCUUUGGUCAAAAAAUAAAAAUUAACCUAAUGUUUUCAGCAUAUGAUAUAACAAUAGAUGAUGCGGAAAACAGUAAAUAUGAUGAAGGUGGAGGAGGACACGAUGGUAAAGGAUUUUUCGGUGAAUAUAGAAGAUUAUACGCUUUUGCUGAUAAUAUUGAUAUGCAGGUCAGCCAUGAAAAAUCUUUCACUUCCAACAAACCCAACUGAUUUUCAGCUCAUGGCGAUUGGAUUAUUCAGCGCAAUUUUGCAAUCAGUUCUACCACCAUUUGUUUGGUUAAUUAUGGGUAAUUUUGUAUCAAUGUCAAUUUUACGAGAGGAAGAAAAAUUGGGAAUCAAAAAUUUGACAAGUUCAAAUAUACAAAUUGAUGAAGAAUUUUCAACAUCUGCAACACCGGCAUUUAUUUCAAUGUUGGGCCUGUCCAUCGCAAUGUUUAUUGCGGCGUUUACACAGAGAGUUGUGUGGGAAAUCUCAUCGAUUCGACAAGUUUUUCGAAUUAAGAAAGCGUAUAUCCGGAAGUUAUUGUUGAUGGAUAUUUCAUGGUUGGAAUCGAGACAAAGUGGACACGUUGCAGCAAUGUUACAAGAGUAGGUUUAAAAGAGAUUGAUUUUUUUGAAAAUUUGGAAGAACAAAACUCCAGAAUAUUACUGAUAUCAUAUCAAAAACAGUGAAAAAACAUUGUGUUUUAGGUCUGCUGACUCAAUUUACAAUGGUAUAUCAGAUCAUCUUCCAAUGGUUCUUUUCAUUACUUCAUAUCUCAUUGUCAACAUCGGAGUAUGUAUUUAUAUUCAAUGGGAUGUCACAUUAUUCAUGUGUUUAGCUAUCCCACUUUUGAUUGUUUCAAGAAUCUUGUACAGUAAGGUAACUAAUUUUCCCUACAACUUCAAUGAUUUCCACUUAUUCCAAUUUUUUAGUGGUUUGCACAUACAAUGGAAGAAGAAACAAAACUCCAAAAUAAAAUCACAAAUCUUGUCAAUGAAACGUUUAACUGUAUUACAACUGUCAUAUCAUUUGCUGCGCAAAAACAAACAAUUAAUAAGUGAGUAAUCAAUCUUAUUUUGGCGCCAAACUAAACAAUUUUGAAGAUUCGAACGUCUUUCCGGUGAUCAUAGCAAGUUGACAGAACAAAGGUUAAGGUCAUCAGUUGUGUUUGAUAGUUUGACACAGGUUGGUUUCACACAUAAUGGUUUCAAGCUCAAUUCUUUUUUUCAGAUCCUACUGACUGAACUAAUUUUCACUGGCGCUCUUUGUUAUGGAAUAUGGAGAGUUGCUGAUAACUCACCUGGUCGACUAUGCGCGGUAUUUUCUUUUGUUUAUUCAAAAAAAAACUAAUUGUUAUCUUUAUAGCUCGCUAUCAAUAUGUUAUAUAUGUGUGUGACAUCAAUAUCUAUUGGUUUUCAUAUCAAUGGAGCAUCGAGGGCUAAGGCGAAUGCAAAAGAAAUGUGUGAAGUUUUGAGUUAGUUAGGGGUUGGGGAACCUUCAAAAUGUACGGAAAACUCUGAGUUUUUUUUUAAAAUCUGCUUAUACGAUUUUCGAAGAAGCUGAUUUCAAGUUCUAAAUGAGUAAUAUGGUGAUACUCUGCAUCUGUAUUAGAUCCAAAGAUUUUUCCUAGUUUUUCCAGUACCCGGAAUGAACUAGAUAUUUUUCGAAGCACUGUUUCCAUCAAAUGUGAAUCAUAAAUAAAUGUUGUUGUUUGAAUGUUAUCAAAAAGGUUAUAUGUCAAAUCGAAUUAGUUCCAUAACAAACAAAAUUCCGUAUUUACAAAAAAACAAAAAACACAGUUUUCUUUUCACAAUCAAAAAUGAAAUUAAAGUUCAAAAUGUCAGAUAAAUAGAAAAACAAUUUUUGAAACAAGAUCUUAUGCGAUGUCCAAAAUAAAAAAUAUAGCAAAAAAUGCGAGAAUAUAUCGUACAAAGCUCGCCUUAUAUUCGGAAUACAUAACAGAGAAAUAGUGUGUGUAUUCGAGAGACGCAGACAGCUAGAUUUAGGACGAUAUAUUUUCGCAUUUUUUGUUAUAUUUUUUACUUUGGACACCGCAUUUCAUGAGUUCAAAUUCCCUGAUCAUCAAAAAAUCGACUUUUCAGAUGAGCAACCAAAGAUUGAAGUUGAACUUGGAUCAAUUGACAAUAAUGUUGAUUUUGUCCCUGUAACCCGUUGCAAAUAUCGUAGACAGAGUAUGAAAUUCAUGGGUAUGUUUACAGAAAAAGUCUCACCAAAUCAAAACUCUUCUAUUUCAGGAAAGGGUGCGAUUCACUUCAAAGAUAUUCAUUUUUCAUACCCAAGCCGAAAAGAAACUGAAGUCCUGCGAGGAAUCUCAUUUUCGGUGGAAGCUGGCGAAAAAAUUGCAAUUGUUGGAUCAAGUGGAAGUGGAAAAUCAACUCUCACUGCACUUUUGUUGCGUUUCUAUGAUCCAACAAGUGGUUCAAUUUUACUUGAUGGUGAAAAUAUCACAACAAUGUCACCAGAUGAGUUACGAGGACAGUGUUCACUUGUCAGCCAAGAACCAGUGUUAUUUGAUGGCACAAUUUCUGAUAAUAUCAGAUAUGGUAGAUUAGAUGCAACACAACAAGAAAUCAAUGAUGCUGCUAGAAAAGUUGGAGCUUGGAAGUUUAUUAAUGGGUUGCCAGAAGGAAUGAGAACUCGAGUGGGAGAUCGUGGACAUCAAUUAUCUGGUGGACAAAAACAACGUGUUGCUAUUGCUAGAGCUGUGAUUCGAAAACCGAUUGUUCUGAUUUUUGAUGAAGCUACAAGUGCUCUCGAUAAUCUUCACGAAGAAGAAGUCAACACUGCUAUUGAUCUUGCGUCAGAAGGUUUGACAACUAUCACAAUUGCACAUCGGUUAGUUUCUGAAUGUGAACGCAAGACUAUUCAAUUUUUUUUCUCAGUUUGUCAACCAUCAAAAACUCUGAUCGAAUCAUUGUAUUACACGAGGGAAAAAUUGUUGAGAAUGGGGCUCCAGAUGAGCUUCUUGCUGAUCCAAACGGUGUAUUCUACAAAAUGUACAAUGAUCAAAGACUUGAUCAAUUGUCAGAACAACAAGAUAUUCUACACAAACCAACUUUGCAACAACAAAUGUCAUUCAGUCCGCCAGCAAAACUUGUAAGCUUACAUUUGAAAAACAUUGAGAAAAAUAAUUUUGAAAAAUUCAGGAUCCCGAACAACAACGAAAAGCUUGGGCCAGAAGUUCAUUAGGUGGAAAAAAUAAACUCGGAAAAUCAUAUUCGGUGAAAAGUGCAGAAAAAGAGAAAUUAAAGUUGCCGGGUAAGUAUUCUAGACUAAUCCUAGAGCAUUAUUUAUUUUAAUAAUAUGAUUUUUAGUGAUGAGUAAGAAGAAAUCAGAGCGUCUCGAUUACAAAUAUUCAAAAGUUGUUCACAAUCUUGAAUUAGAAAAAGAUCACGAAGCAGAUGAAGAUUUACCAGGAAAAACAACAUCUCUAGCAGUUGUCAAAGAUUUGAUCUACUCUUAUCGAAGUGGAUUACCACUUUUAGCUGGAGCUAUUCCAACAACAAUUGUUCGAGCUGUUUUUUAUUUGUUGAUUUGCUUCCAAGUCGCCUCAGUUUUAGAGAUUUCUAUAGCUCCGGACGAGGAUCGGCCUAUUCAGAUUUUCAUUGUUGCUGCAGUUUAUACAGCAUUGAUUAUUGUCAAGACUAUUUUUGAGGCUCUCGGGGUAAGAAUUCUAUUAGAUAAUGAAAAAAACAUAAAAACUAAUUUUGUUUCAGCGUUUGUUUAUCGCAUUAUACGGACAUGGUUUCUGUAUGUUCAUGAGAACUGAAAUGUUCCGCAAAAUUCUCCGACACGGCGCUGCAUAUUUUGAUGAAGAACGAAACAGUCCUGGUAGACUUGUUCAUAAAGUCAUCAAUGAAUCAUCAACACUUAAUGAGAUUAUGGAACAAAAACUGGAUAUGUUGAUUCCCGGAUUUGUCUGUUCAUUAUUCUCAAUUUGUUGUGCAUUAUAUAUCAAUUGGAAAAUGGCACUUCUUUGCUCAUUCCAGUUUCCAGCAUAUUUUAUUAUCAGAAUUUUACAAAUUCGUGAAGGAACCAAACGGUAUUUUCAAAAAAAAAAAACAAUUUGUUUGAAAAAAAUUUUGUUUUUUCAGACAACGUCAAAUGAUUGAGGAAGAGAAAAAAGCAGCAAAUUUGGCUACAGUAGUUUUGGCAAAUAUGGGAACUAUCAAAGCAUAUAAUUUACAAUCACAUUUCUAUAAUGUUUUCUGUGAAGCAUUGAAACCAGUGUCAAAGUAAGUUUUAAAAACUUUCAAAAAAAGAAAAUGAAGGAAAACGAUUUGGAACAAAAAUGAAUGAAAUAAAAUCCCACCUAUGGAAAAAACGAAGAUUUUUAAUAGGAUUAUAUACAUGAAUAGAAAAUGAAACUAUUUUGUAUUUUUGUCCAUCAAAGAACUUUUUGAAUUUUUUUAGAUGUAUGCAAAAACAAUCAAUAAUCUCGGCAUUCGUAUUUGCUUGCCAAUAUUCGUUCACCUACAUUCUUAUUGCCAUCACUUUGUAUUUCGGAAAAGUUAUGAUGUUGGCCAAUGAAAUUUCAGUUUUCGAUUAUAUGCGAGUUGUUUUGCUCACCCAAUUCGGUGCUAAUUUCUUCUCUCAACUCAUUGCUUCUGUCACUGAUUUGACAAAGGCUCAAAUUGCUGCUGAAAAUGUUAUGAGAGUUAUAAAAGAAUCACCAGUUGAUAUGGAUAAUCUUACUGAAGAAGGAUUGAGACCAGUGAGAUUUGAAAAUUUGAAUGACUAAUAAAAAUUGUAUUCUUUUUCAGAAACUCGAAGGUAAUUUAUGUUUGAAAGACACCUCAUUCCGCUAUCCAACUCGUCCAAUUGUCCCAGUUUUGACAAAUAUAAAUUUGAAAAUUCGAGGAGGGUCCUCUAUUGCUUUAGUCGGACCAUCAGGAUCAGGAAAAUCAUCGAUUAUUUCAUUAUUCCAAAGAAUGUAUAAUGCAACUGAUGGACUUGUUAUAGUUGAUAAAUACAAUAUCAAAUCAAUUAAUCCAGCGUAUUUAAGAAGAUGUAUUGUGACAGUUGGACAAGAGCCAGAUCUUUUCUCGUUUACAAUUCGCGAGAAUAUUGGAUAUGGUAUGAUGGAAAGUGAAGCAACUAUUGAUAAAGUUAUUGAAGCUGCAAAAACUGCUGAUAUUCAUAAUUUUAUCACAAGUUUACCUAAUGUAAGUUCAGGUUUCUUACAUGAUAUGGAAACUAAAAAAAAUAUCCGAAUUUUCAGGGUUAUGACACCGAAGUUGGUGAAUUUGGUGCUCAACUUUCAGGUGGUCAAAAACAAAGAAUUGCAAUUGCCAGAGCAGUUAUUCGAAAACCAACUGUUUUAUUGUUAGAUGAAGCUACCUCAGCUCUUGAUAGUGCAAGUGAAAAAGAAGUUCAGCACGCUUUUGAACGUAUAAAAAUGUCGCAGAAAAAUAAAACUACUUGUAUUCAGAGUAAGUUGAAUCGCACAAUUCAUGAAACAAAUUCCAAAUGUUUUUCAGUUGCGCAUCGUCUUUCCUCAAUCCGAAACGUCGAUCGAAUCUACGUCAUUGUACAAGGCGAAAUUGCCGAAGAAGGUACACAUGAUGAACUAAUGAAGUUAAAGGGUAUCUACUAUGAAAUGAACCAAAUGGCAUAA